UGGAGGCUGAGUUUUGAAGCGCACGCGUCUGCUUCUCUGCUCAUCUUCCGCAGGGCAUGUCUAGCGCCUCACUAUCAAAACUGUUUGGUGGGAACCUCACAAUAUCUAAAAAGUUUUUGCGAGGAACAAAUUGCGACAUUCAGAAGACGGUUUCAAAUUACAGGGACCGGCAAAUAUAGUGUUUUGGAUUUGUUUUCGGUUUCUACACGUGUUUUCGAUCGUCUGCUGGUGUUGUGAGGAACUCUACAUUGACAACCGCGCUUUGGAGACAGAAAAGGACAUUAAAAUGAGCUGAUUAAAACUGUGGUAAGUUAUUUUUUAACUUACAUAGACACCAGCGCACUACACGAGAGGAGCAAAAUGACGUCGAAGACAUCUAAGAGAAGAUUUGAACCUCAGUUCGGAGUUUGAAAGUUUAUUUUUUUAAAGUAUUACCAUCGUUAAGAUCUAUGCUUUUAACGCACGUAAAUGCAGAUGAAGGAGACCGGGAAGUGCUUGAUCCGCAUGACCUGAGGAUUGUGUCCUAUAGGGGUUAAAUGGUUCUGAUAACGGACAGCAGGGAUGGCGGAGGAUCAUCUCCAGGUAAAGUUAAACCACUUAAACAUGCUAAAAGCGGCCAGAUCUGUCCCACCAUCGUGGAGGAAUCACCUGACCGCGCGGGCGAUGACAAUUAUGAUGAAUUUCUCGGCACCUGCGAGUUUGACGGGAACAACGAUGACUUCGAAGAGUUGGAUGACUUCUCGGAGCUGCCGGACACCAGGAGCAUCGCCUCAGACGACUCGUUUUAUCCACCGGACGAUGACUUUGCUGACUCUGAGAGAACCCCUUCACCGGAGAGUCCCGCGCCGCUGUCCUUUUUUCAAGCGUGCUGCGGCAACAACGCGCUGAUAGUGAAACUCAUGAUUAGACAAGGUGUCACAGAGGAGGACGUUCGGGAGACGGACAAAAACAAAAGAACUGGACUAAUAGUGGCGUGCUACCAAGGCUAUGUGGAUGUAGUGAUGGCUCUCUCCCAGUGUCCUCAUCUGGAUGUGAACUGGUCAGACAACGAGGGCAACACAGCACUCAUCACUGCUUCCCAGGCGGGUCACAUCACAAUCUGUAACUACCUACUCAACUAUUUUCCUGGGCUUGACAUCGAGAAGAGGAACUGCCAUGGUUUCAGCGCUCUGAUGAAAGCUGCUAUGCAGGGUCGAGUGGAGUGUGUCAAAGCACUGAUGAUGGCAGGGGCUGAUUUGGAAGCAAGGGACAACGGGCGGAAGUUUACAGCUCGAGAGUGGGCCAUCUUCACCAGCCGCCACGAGACCGUCUUCACCAUAAUGCGGCUCAUGCAUCAGCCGUGUGCGGAUCAGUUCUGUGACAGCUAUCGACCCGAAUGGCCCCUUCUACCCGCACUGGUGGCUAAAGCACAGGCUCCCAAAGGCUGCAUUCAGAAAAUCUCAGAGACACUACGCGACUUCUUUGACAUCAGCAACGUCACGGAGGCUUCAGAGGACGGCGUUCUCGAUCACAUGGUACGCAUGACCACAUCGUUAGGCAGUCCGUUCAUUGUGACGGCAUGUCGAACGGUGUGUCCCAGCAGCCCACCAUGUGUGGGCAAACGGCGUUACGCUGUUCAGGAGAUAUUAAAAAAACGACGCAUCGAACAGCUCAAAGUACUCGGACCUGAACGCAUCGAGAACUAUAAACGACUUUUUCAGAACUCCCGCGUCCUGCUGGUGCCAAAACCGAGAGAUCGACGCGCAAGUUUACAGCCUCAUGCUCAAGCAGACGAUUCGUCCACGCUGACCAUCCGCAGGACCAGUCUGCUGCCAUUACACCUGCUGAGGAGGAGCAGCGUCAGACCAGGUCUGGUGGUGCCCAAAGUAAGGAUCAUCAAGGCUCCGACUCCAACCUAUGUGCCGGAGAGAGUGCGGCGAAAAAGCAGCUGUGUAGAAGAACAGUUCCUUCAGAUCCCCAAGUGGAGAUACAAAGAACUAAAAGAAGAGCGAAAGAAAGCAGAAGAAGCGGAAAGGAAAAGACUGGAGGCCAUAACCAAAAGACAGCUCACCACGGGCAAGAGGAAAUAAGUGUUUGCAAAUAUACUACUCACCAAUUGAUACUUGAAAUGCUGAUGUUAGAUUGCGAUUUAUUUUUAUUACCUAUUUAUUAUAUUUUUGAAAGUUAAAGGCUUCUAAUCUUUUUCCCCCUUUUAGAAAAUGGGGUUAAGUAAAUGGUUUAAAGGGAGCUGCUCUUUUAAGGGCCCUGACACACCAGAAAACUAGCGACGUCACUUGUUUUCAGAUGGCUGAAAGCUGGCUGAAACUUUACACUAAAAAAGAUGAGCGAUUUGGCUCCACUUCCUUCCAUUGUAGAAAAGCGAAGCCAAAAUAUAUUUUUUUUGCUUAAUGAUCACACCAAUGAUGUCAUUUGGAGCCUGAAUCUUUGAUGUAGUGAUCAUAAAGAGGAGCUGCGGUAUCAGCCCAAGUCCAGCCCAAGCCAAAUCGCAAUCACAAUAGCAUGAAAUAAGUAACUAUAAAAACAGACAUUAAAAAAAUAUUGGACUAAAAAUUAGCAAGAAAAAAAGAUAGAUACAAGCUGUGUCUCAUUUUAGAGGCUGCGUACUUCUAAGGUCCUUCGAAGUCCACACAAGCCGAACCGAUCAUUUUGAAAUGAGACUAUCUAGCCUACAGACGACAGAACCUCAUCACCUAGAAAUCAUAACA